GAAAGCAGAUAACGCUUGAAUACGUGUGCUUCUACUUACCACUACUCCAUGAUUCUUCCACUUUCACCGUGAACAACUGAACUGCAACAUCCGUUCAAAUCGCUUCUCCUUCCUCGUUCCUUUCGUGGACAACCACUGCUUACCAUGAUGGCGCUCAAUUCGUUGUCACCACUUUCCGUUAAUUCUCUUCUCGUAUCUUCAAGCUCAACUUCCCUCACUUCGGAUUCUCAUUCAAAGCCCUUUGCCAUUUCCUGCCAAUUGAACUCAAACAGAGUUAACUCUGAAGAAAGAAGAAAGAGUGUUGGUUGUAGUACAGCGCCUGCCAAUGCCGAAUUCAGGAAAUGGGGGAAAGUGGUUUCGGCCACGCUGGCGGCCGCCGUCAUUGCCUUCGGCUCUGACAUGUCUGCCCUUGCUGAUCUCAACAAAUUUGAGGCUGAAAUGAGGGGUGAAUUUGGAAUAGGAUCGGCAGCACAAUUUGGCUCUGCAGAUCUCAGGAAAGCAGUGCAUGUGAAUGAAAAUUUCAGAAGAGCCAAUUUCACAGCUGCUGAUAUGAGAGAAUCUGAUUUUAGCGGUUCAACUUUCAAUGGUGCAUACCUUGAGAAAGCUGUUGCAUACAAGGCAAAUUUUUCAGGGGCCGAUUUAAGUGAUACAUUGAUGGAUCGCAUGGUUUUAAACGAAGCCAAUCUCACUAAUGCCAUUCUCCUUAGAACAGUCCUCACACGGAGUGACCUUGGGGGUGCCAUCAUCGAAGGUGCUGACUUUAGUGAUGCUGUGUUGGACCUUACCCAAAAGCAGGCUUUAUGCAAGUAUGCCAGUGGCACAAAUCCUGUUACAGGAGUGAGCACAAGAGUAAGCUUAGGUUGUGGAAACAAACGACGAAAUGCUUAUGGCUCCCCAUCAUCUCCCCUUUUAAGUGCUCCACCACAGAAACUGCUUGACCGAGAUGGUUUCUGUGAUGAAGCAACAGGACUUUGCGAUGCAAAGUAGUUACUCGGAGUAAUCUUUGCUACAAGGCCAUAGUCGUGUAAAUAUAUCAGAGACUAUAAUUGAGGUCUGUUUGUCUUUUGGACUUCUGAGAGCAUAUCCGCAUUCAUGAAAUGAUGCCACUUCUUGAAUCUAUGUUGGGUAUUGUUGGCCUCUGUUUAACAAGCCAGAACCUAUUUUGGCAGUCAUCUUUCUCCUAUGUAAGAUCUGCUGGAUAUAAGAUUAUGUUUCGUCCUUUGCACAUAAUGAACCUUGUAAGUCCCAUUUCUUGUUUAAGUUUAUCCUUUGCACAUGCACUUUUAA